AUGGCGCACCAAGAGCGUCCCAGAGCACCGUUCAAGGACUGGCCGAAUGAUGCAGGCUUCGAAACCACGGCCGAGACGCGCACCCCCAUUGAGCUCCAGGUCGUUGGAUCCCUGCCGAACCAGCUCGCCGGUACGUUGUACAGAAUUGGCCCCGGGACGUACAAAGUCAAGGGCAGCCACUUCCAGCUCAGCCACUGGUUCGACGGGUUCUCCUUCGUACACCGAUUUGAGCUGGUGCCCCAGUCCACCACCGGGACGUGCAAGGUCCUAUACAACUCGCGAGGGCAAGUCGAUGCCCUCGUUGAAGAAGCGCGAAAGUCUGGCACGUUGAAGGGGAUGACCUUUGGGCAGAAGAGGGAUCCCUGCGAGAGCAUCUUCCGGAAGGUCAAGUCGAUAUUCCAUCCGCCUUUCAGUUCCAAGGACCCGGGGCUUGUCAAUGCUGGAGUCACUCUACAUGCCAAUGCCCCUGGUGUGCCGGAAAUUUUACGAGCGCGUCCUGAUGGCGCUCGAUUCCGCAGCCUGACCUCGUUGACCGAUGCCAAUGUGCUGAAACACAUCGACCCCGAGACACUGGAGCCCAUCGGAGUAACCCGGCAAAGCGACCUGCACUCCGACCUCAAAGGGCCGCUCUCGUGCGCCCACGCCGAGUUCGAUACCGCAACAGGAGACGCCUACAACUACAACCUCGACAUCGGCAGAUACGCAACCUACCGCAUCUUCAGGACGUCCGCACAGACUGGGCAGACCGAGAUCAUUGCAACCAUUACGGGCCCCGAUGUCAAGGCAGCCUACUUGCACUCGUUCUUCCUCAGCACCAACUAUGUGAUUCUGUGUAUCUGGCCCGCCCUCUAUGGAGCCGGCGGGCUCAAACUACUCUGGGAGAGAAACAUAGCAGACGCUUUGCAUUUCGAUCACAAUGUGCAGGCUCGAUGGUAUGUCGUUGACCGAUUGCACGGCAAAGGCGUCGUCGCUACAUACGUGAGCCCGGCGUUUUUCUGCUUCCAUACUGUCAACGCAUGGCAGGAGACGAGCCAUGACGGGUCCACCGACGUUAUCUGCGAUAUCAUCCAGUAUCCUACCGACGAGAUGAUCCAGCGCGCAUACUAUGAUACCAUGGUCUCCACCGGUCCCAAUGUCAAGAGGUACUAUGGCAGUGAGCUCUCGCGCCCCAGUUUGGUUCGCUACCGUCUGCCUUCUGUAAGCCACAGGGCCACCGAGGAGAGCACAUCUGGAUCGACCUGCCAUCCAGAGGCAGAGGCAAUAUUGAGAAUUGAUGACGACUUUGUCGGAGACCUGCCAACAAUCAACCCGCGCUUCAAGACAAGAAAGACCCGAUAUGUCUACAACCUUGUGAAUCAAGGAAAAGUAAGUUAUCCCGCCCAUGGAAAUUAA